AUGGGAUACAACAAGUCUAGAGAUAUUAGAAGAUGGGAAAUGAGGAAGAUGAAGGUGGCUGGAUUAAGUAUAGAAGAAGCUUACUCUGAUGAGGAAAAUGGCUUGUCUCCUGACUUGGUGUAUGGGGAGAAUUUGUGCGGAUUUCUAGGGGACAAAGCGCUCGAUUCUACUCAAAAGAAGCGAGUGGAAGUAGAAAAACCAGGAACGGAAAUAAGUGCAAUAGCAAAGAGGGGAAGCGUGUUUCUAAGCGAGCAUCCCCGUAGCCAUACAAUACCGCCUAUGCAGGGAGGACCUGCUAAAAGGACACAAAAGAAGCUCCCGAUCGAGAGUUUCAGACAUGGCCUCAUGGAGUUCAUAGAGAAGCAUCAAGUGACAGUUUUAGUAGGAGAGGCCGGAUCUGGAAAGAGCACACAGGUGCCAAAGUAUUUAUAUCUCGAAGGAUAUGGAAACAGAGGGAUGAUAGGAUGCACACAGCCCAGAAGGGCAGCAGCAACCAGCUUAGCUUCUAUUUUGGAAAAGGACAUGGGGCCAGUAGUAGGAUACUCCAUAAGGUUUGACAGUACUACAACCCACAGCACAAAAAUAAGGUACAUGACGGAGGGAGUUCUCCUUCAGGAACUACUAAGUGAUAAACUGCUUAGGAAAUAUUCUGUGGUUAUACUGGAUGAGGCACACGAAAGAAGCGCAAAUCUAGACAUCUCCAUAGGAUUGCUAAAGUCUACUUUGAAGGAAAGAAAUGACAUGAAACUUAUAAUAAUGAGUGCUACAAUAGAGGCACAAAGGUUCUGUGAUUACUUUGGAUGCUCGGCUUUUGAAAUCGAGGGCAGAACAUAUCCUGUGGAUAUUCGGUACUUGAGUAUGAAUGUUGACGAUUAUGUUGAGUGGGCGGUCAAAAAGAUUCUUCAUAUUCACGAAAACUGCGAAGAAGGGGAUAUCUUGGUUUUCAUGACAGGAAGAGAUGAUGUGGAGGGUGUGGUGGGAAUAGUGAAUUACUGGGCUAGAAGUAAAUACCUCACGGAGGGAGGGAAGGAAGAUAUGGAUGCUGGCCUUAAGGCCAUUCCAUUUUAUAGCCAGCUGUCCGAAGAGAUGCAAAGUAAAGUGUUCCAAAUAGAGAAAAGCGCAAGGAAAUGCAUUGUUUCCACAAACAUAGCAGAAACAUCCUUGACUAUCCCAAACAUUGGGUAUGUUAUAGACACUGGGCUCCAGAAGGUGAGCGUUUACAACCAUGACACAGGAGAAUCAUUGGUAACUGUUCCGGUGAGCAGGGCAAAUGCAGAUCAAAGAGCGGGUAGGGCAGGAAGAACAAGACCAGGCACAUGCUACCGGAUGUACACGCUGAGCACUUAUGAGAAUGAUCUGCUUGCGUCACCUGUCCCAGAAAUACAAAGAGCUAACAUACACGAAGUUGUUCUCCUUCUCCUAAAGCAUGGCAUAAGAGAUGUAUUUGAGUUUGAUUUUAUCGACAGUCCUUCUGCAGAAUUGACCCGAAGUGCCCUACUUCUCCUUUAUCGCCUGGGUGCUGUGUGCCAUAAGGGGCUUCUAACCAGGGAAGGAGAAGAUAUGAGCGAGUUGAGGCUAGAGCCGCCACUGGCAAAAAUGGUUCUGAACUCCUCAAAGUAUGGGGUUGUCAGUGAGAUGGUGACCAUAGCUAGCAUGCUUAGUGUUUACGGUAUUUUCUACGAGGGAUUUGACAAAUCAUCGCAUCUAUGCCAUCAAGGAUGUGACUUCAUGACUCUCUUGAAUAUAUUCAAUGAGUUUAUAACACAGAAGAAUGGAAAUGAAUGGUGCUACCGAAUGAAAAUUAAUGAAGACGCAUUACGAAAAGCAAUGGAGAUUAGAAAGACAACGUUGGUGUCUCUUCAGGAGAAAGGUGUGCAGAUAUCCAGUAAUAGAUCACCGAGUAGAAUUCAAAGAUGUAUAGUAUCUUCAAUAUAUUACAAUAUAGCCAAGAAAAAGGAUAAAAAAUAUGUUUGCUUGAGUAACUUUCAAGUGUGCAAGAUUCAUCCCUCAAGUACACUCAAGGACGGCACAAGCCAAUAUGUUUUGUUUUAUAGACACAUCAGCACAAAAGCAGAGUACAUGUAUUGCUGUUCCGACAUAAGCCCACGAGUAGUUCUUGAGGAAGCUGGAAAGUAUUAUAGGGAUAGAAAUGCACCUCUUAGCACUUGGAAGGGUCCCAUUCACGAUUGCAUCACUAACGAGGCAAAUGGAAAGGGUGUGUCUGCACACGAUGUUUCUAGAAUUCCAGAACCAAAGCCAAGGCCUGUAACUAGAAAUAGGCUCGUACUAGAUGAAGAUCUUUAUGAUAGAUUUGAGAAAUGGAGUGGAUCAGAAGACUGUGAAGAACCUAUAGAGCUACCUAAAAGAACUAGAAGACCUAGAUUAUAA